AUGAGAGAAGCGACAUUUCCGCAAAUGAUGAGGGGUCGGGUAGACGUGAAGAAACUGAAAUUUUCAACGACUGAGCUGAGGUCCCUAGCUCUUCAGACUCAUUGGUUCCGCCUACAGGCGGGGGAGCGCAAGCCCCUAGAAGGUGGACUAAGUGCUGUGAGCCUUUUGGGCUUAUUCAAUCUUUCAAACGCAUGCAGUUUUGUCUUUGCCGACAGAUUCGUUCGUCUUUUUUGGCAGCACAGGACACAGGACAGAGGAAUAGAGAUCGGUUUCGAGGAGUUUGUCCGCCUCCUCAGCAUAUGGACAAGAGUGCUGUUUCACAUCUACGACAGAGGUAACAAGGGGGUUAUACUUGAAAGGCACUCCGAAGAUGCUGUGAAGGAGUGA